UCAAUAAUGUCAUAAUAGCGGAUGUAUGUGACGUCAAUGAUGUAUGUCUAUAUUUGGAAUUCCAAAUGCUCAAGAGUGACAAGAGAGUAGAUUCAUGGAUAUAUUGACUAAAUUAAAAACCGAUGCAAACAUGGGGCCGAUUUUAGCUCUCAAGGUCUCUAGCUCUUUGUGGCCCUUUACCGUCAGUUGUUGACGUCUCAAUAUGAGUGAAAAAUUCUCGUGGGGACAUAAAAAGAAACAAACAAAAUCAGUGCAGUGUAUUAAGGGACACCGAUUAAACGAUAAGAUUGCAGUUUUAUAGCAUACAGAGUUUCUUUUCUUCCGUGUGAUAUAAAUCGUGGAAGUAUUUCAUGAGUUUUUGAACAGGAAGUUGUGUCUCUCCUUCAGUGAAAACGACUACAAUUUACUAACACGACAAAAAGUUAUAAUGCAAUAUAAAAUUGACAAAUUUGGGUGUAUUUAUAUGUCUAAUCAAUUCAAUUUAUGCUAGGCUUUUGAUGUCCGUAAACGAUUAUUGUUACAUCUGUAACACAACACAUGGCCAUUGACUGAUCAGAAUCUACAACAGCUGCGACAGUGUCCUGGGAGGAAAAGCCCGCUGAAGAUCACCUACAGGUGAUUGCUUAUUUAUACAGAGUGUCAUCCUGUACGCCUGUUCGUGAUCUGUUGCCUUGGGGUCUGGCUGGCACUACUGGGGUGCUGCUGUACACUGAACGGCUCGCUACAUAUUGGAUGUACACUGAGAGGUAAGUUCUUUGAUCGCGCCUGGAUUGUGGUAGUGAUUUUUGCUGUAUUCCUCGGCGGGAACGGAAAUUAUUUUUUUUUUUAAAACAUUUCCAUUGAACUGGAUGUUAAUCCUCUAAAACAGACGGAUAGAAUAUUCUCUACUGAGGGACCCAGUUUCAUCUGAUUUUCGAUUCCCUUUACGAGUGACCGUGGGAUUUUACAAUAUCACGUGGGAAAAACAGUCAGCUUUCUGUUGCGGCCAAAUGAUUUGCUCACGGCGGUGGUUUGUAUCGUAAAAACCUAAAUAAUAAGAUUAACUAGAUUGUUUUGAAGAAUAUACUCGGAGAAAAAUCCUUUAUUGAUCAAGGAUCUAAUAUUUUGUACGUAAGAGUUGUGAUGGAAAGUCUCAAUGCACCUGCGAACUGAUGCAUGAUAACGAAUUCAUUAAACGUAUCAAUCGAUUUUGACAUUGUUUGGGAAUAUUGGCUCACUGUGAGUGGAACUAUGUCUUUCUAUUGAAGAGCUUCUAGUAUACGACAUUUAUUUCUGAUCCCAAUACUUACUUCGGAAAUCUUUAAACAUCUAUUUAUCACUUUCCCCCAUGACUGGUUAGACUGAACUUUAGAAAUAGUCUUAUUACAAGGAUUCCUACAGAUAAAUCAUGAGUUUGGAGAUUCCAGAUGGAUUGGGAGAUCUGCUGCGUGAUUUUACUGUGGCUGUCUUGCGUGAUAAGCCAAAUGAUCUCUAUGACUUUGCGGUUGAUUAUUUUUCCAAGGUUAAGGAAACCAGGAAACCAAAAUCUAUUCCUAUGUAUGUGAUUGUGGAUGAAGAUGACGAGGGGGCAGGGGAACCAGAUAAAGAACAGUUCAAACCUAAAACUCGAAAGUAUAAUCGUUAUGCCAGGCGUCAGUCGGUGUCUGCGGAAAGGUAUGAUCCGGAAGCGGAUGACGAUGACGAAGAUAAGGUAAUAUAUCCAAAAACGGACGGGCAGCGAGAACGUCUUACAGAAGCAGUAUGUGGCAUUCUUCUUUUCAGAUGUUUAGAACCAGAACAAAUGCAGGAUGUCAUUGACGCCAUGUUCGAGAAGUCGGUAAAACCCGGUGAGUACGUUAUUCACCAAGGGGAUGAUGGUGACAAUUUUUACGUCAUUGAUCACGGUCUUUACGAUGUUUUGGUAAAUGUUAAUGACCAGGAAAAGAAAAUACAUCGUUUUGACAAUAGGGGUAGUUUUGGAGAAUUAGCUUUGAUGUACAACAUGCCGCGUUCUGCGUCCAUUGUGGCUGUAUCUGAUGGAGUUUUAUGGGCCAUGGAUAGAAACUCGUUUCGGAGGAUCAUUUUGCGAAGUGCAUUCAAGAAGAGAAAAAUGUACGAAGAACUUUUAGAAAAUGUCACCAUGUUAAAAUCUCUGGAACCAUAUGAACGAAUGAACCUUGCAGACGCGCUGGUGACUAGAAAUUUCUCGGAUGGCGAAACAAUUAUAGCACAAGGCGAUGAAGCUGACGGUAUGUAUUUCGUGGAAUCCGGGAUGAUUCGGGUUACUAUAAAUCAUCCGGAAGGUGGCGAGGAGGAAGUUGGGCGUCAUGGAGCUGGAAAGUACUUCGGGGAACUUGCUCUCAUUGAAAACAAACCUAGAUCAGCGAAUGUGUACGCGAUAGGAAAAGUAAAAGUCGCAUUUCUAGAACGUGACUCCUUCGAAAGACUUUUAGGUCCAUGUCUUGACAUUAUGAAAAGAAAUUCAGAAAUUUAUAAAAACUAUACUGAAACUUCCUGAAUGCUGAAUGUAAGAGAGAAAUUGUAUUCAUUAUCGUAGAGGACAUGGCAACGAUAAAGAUUCAGACAGGAAAUUCAUGAUACCAAUAUUUCUGUUCAUAUUUCUGACAAUACCAUCCCAUUUGUGGCCGAUCUUGCGUUAGUGUUGAAUUGCCAAUAUUAUAGACUGACGUGAUUAUAUGGAAUGUGAAGUCAAAGAAUUUUAUGAUGAACGGAUUAAUCUUUAAUUUUCACGUUUUGUUUAUUCUCUCCCAUUGACGUUCUCGGAUACUGCAACACGUCGUGCUCGAUUCUUACAGCUAGAUAAAAAAACAAGGCGAUGAGGUGUACUCGAUUCCCAGUCUAAUAGCUAGAGCACAACAAACUGAAGUUUUUCAGUCAUCUUCCUAAUUGAAGUAGUGCUUGUAUCGAUUUUGUAUUAUUCCCAUUCCCCUUAUAAAGUAUUCAUGCGUUACAUCCGACUGUCAACCUAACGGUGCUUCACUUUGUUAUAAAUUGAUAAUUAAUUUUGAAUAUUGUGAAUAACUGUAUAUCAAUAAAGUACGUCAUGUUCGCCAAUUCUA